AUGUCGGGCCAGGCGAAACCGACAUUUUAUCAGUCUCUUAUGGCAGGCGGACUAGCCGGGACAUCCGUGGACCUGCUUUUCUUUCCCAUCGACACGAUCAAGACGCGUCUCCAGUCGUCGAAAGGCUUUCUCCGAGCUGGGGGCUUCAGAGGGAUCUACAAGGGUGUCGGAAGUGUCGUGGUGGGUAGUGCGCCUGGAGCCGCACUGUUUUUCUGCACGUAUGACACGCUGAAGCAGACGCUACCAUUCUCACCCGACCUCGCGCCUCUCACACACUUGGUUUCGGCGUCUAUUGGCGAAACUGCAGCCUGCGCAGUCCGUGUGCCCACAGAAGUGAUCAAGACGCGCACUCAGACGUCUACAUAUGGGAAAAUGGCAUCUUCGCUGGAUGCGGCGAAGCGCGUUCUGGCAGACGAAGGUCUGCGUGGCUUCUAUCGGGGCUUCGGCUCGACGAUUAUGCGAGAGAUCCCGUUCACGUCCAUUCAGUUUCCCCUAUACGAGCUGCUGAAGCUGCAGCUAUCCAGUUCACUUGGCAGAAGGCCCCUCCAUGCAUAUGAAGCAGCAGUCUGCGGGAGCUUUGCGGGCGGUGUAGCUGCAGCGCUGACGACUCCGCUAGACGUACUCAAGACUCGCGUGAUGCUUGAUCUCAGGGAUACCUCGAAAGAGAAGCUUCCGUCGCUGACUGCACGAUUUAAGCAGAUAUACCUAACCGAGGGCGUGUCGGCGCUGUUUGCUGGUGUGGUUCCUCGAACAUUGUGGAUAUCGGCUGGAGGCGCAGUGUUCCUUGGGGCGUACGAGUGGACUGUGCAUACGCUCAUGUCGCAAUGA